AUGGACGUGGUUAGAGGGACUGUAGAGUCGAUGUUUCACGCCAUCGACAAGCUGGAUUCUCUGCUAACUUGCGAACUGGAAAGGUAUUUCAAUGUAGUCAAACAAGAAGUUCAUAACAUAAGGGAUGAUCUAGAGCUGGUCUAUUUUUUCCUUGGAGAUGCAGAAGCAGCAAAAUCUGAGAAUGAAGAAAUCAAUGAAGUGGCUGAACUCAUUGAAGAUGCCAUCGAAGAUUGCAUUUUUAAAUAUAAACGAGGACCCCGUGACUAUGGAGUAGUGAAAUUUUUCAGCAAAGCAUGUAGAUUGCUUAGCAUGCUGAAUAGCCGUGGAAACCUAGCUUCUAACAUUUCUUUGUUACUUAAAAUCAAGAAUACGUAUCAGCGUUUUCACUUUCUUGAACACGGGGCAAGUGGAAUUGGAAAAACUACUAUUGCCAAGAAUGUAUACUACAGUGCACCAGUGGGAAAACACUUCGAUGCCUAUGUUUGGAUCUCUAUUACUCGAUCUUACGACAUGAAAGAGAUGAUUGUCUUUGAUGAUGAUUGCGAUGAAGAAUUUUGGCAGCUUAUGAAACAAGCCUUGCCUGAUAAUGGUGGAGGUAGAAGAAUAAUCAUCACCACUCAGAGCGACGUGGUUGUUGCAUCAUGUAAGAACAAGUCAUAUGAUCAUGUUCACAAGUUAAACCCUUUAUCCGGAGCUAUGUGUUGGGAUCUUUUUUCAAGAAUUGCUUUCAGAAACGAUCCAGAAUUAUGUUGUCCUCGGGAGUUCGUGGAGAUGUCCCAUGAAUUUAUUAGGAUGUGCCAAGGCUUGUCGAGUGCAAUUGUAGACGUAGCCAAACUAUUGUCAAACAGAGAAAAGAAUUUGUCAGAGUGGGAAAGACUUUUCGACUCGAGUUCUGAGAUCGUGUUAAAUUUCCACCUUACAGGUUCAUCAAAACUCAUUGCACUUGGUUAUGUUGAUCUACCUCCCCAACUAAAAUUAUGUUUGUUAUAUUUUAGCAUCUUUCCUAGAGAAUAUUUUAUUCCUAGUGAAAAAUUGUAUAAGAUAUGGAUUGAUGAGGGUAUUGUAGAAGAAAUCUCAGGAAAGACAGCAGAAAAAGUUGCUGGAGAGUACUUGAAUGAACUCAUCCGUAGAAAAAUGGUGCAAGAAUGUGAAGGGUUUUAUGAACUAGAGAAAGUUUGCCAAGUUGCUCAGUUGUUGAGUUGCUCAGUUGUUCUUGAAUUUCUCCCAAAGGAAUUGGGAAAGUUGUUCCACCUGAAGUAUUUAAAUUUAAAGAAUAUGAAAUUGAGGAUGCUCCCAAAGUCUAUUAGUAAGCUAGGCCAUCUACAAACAUUGGAUGUUAGAAACACCCUACUAAUUGAGCUACCAACUGAGAUCAAUGAGCUUCAAAAUCUUCGACAUCUUUCAGCUAGUAGUCAUGGCAACGAAAAUAGUUUGGGUUUAAUUCACGGUGUGAAAGUUAAGGAAGGGAUUGGUUGUUUGGAGAAUUUACAAACUCUAAUGACUAUUAAAGCGCAUUAUGGAAUUGAUCUUGUAUAA